AUGGACGUCGUUGCGCUCGCCAAAGUCUGCGGUUUGGCCUCGUCAGGCAUAUUUGCAGGAUACACCUGGGCCCUGUCCCAUGCUGCCGUGCCGGCGAUUCUGUUUGCCCCAGACGCCCUGGCGGCGCGAGAAUGGCGCUACCAGUAUCUCAUGGGGUUCCAUAUCUCUAGACCCAUGUGCGUCAUCAACGGCUUGUCCUUUGGGUUCCUGGCAUAUCACGCACCCGGGGGAUCUCUUCUUCGAUAUCUCUACAUCCUCGCCGCAUCGGCCAGUGCCUCCGGGGUGCCCUACGCCCUGACCUUUCUGCGUCGGACCAACGGCGCCCUGUCGCGAAAAGCAGAUCGUCUGGCCGGACCCGGUGGUGGGGAGAUGGCACUGACAUACGCCUUCAACGAGAAACGCAGCAUCGACCGAGACGGGAAGAUGAGCACCGCCGAGGCCAUCAAGCGGUGGCAGUGGCACAAUUAUGUGAGGACUUGGGUGUUGGUGCUGGGGACGGUGGCGGGUGCGUUGGCCGUAGCGAUGGAUUGA